CGCCUAUAAGCAGUUCAGCCCCAACGUGCCCGAGAAGACCCUGGGCGCCAGCGGGCGCUAUGAAGGCAAGAUCGCGCGCAGCUCGGAGCGCUUCAAGGAGCUCACCCCCAAUUACAAUCCCGACAUCAUCUUCAAGGACGAGGAGAACACGGGCGCCGACCGCCUCAUGACCCAGCGUUGCAAGGACCGCCUGAACUCCCUGGCCAUCUCGGUGAUGAACCAGUGGCCCGGCGUGAAGCUGCGGGUGACCGAGGGCUGGGACGAAGACGGGCACCAUUCGGAGGAGUCGCUGCACUACGAAGGCCGCGCAGUGGACAUCACCACGUCGGACCGCGACCGCAAUAAGUACGGACUGCUGGCGCGGUUGGCAGUGGAGGCCGGCUUCGACUGGGUGUAUUAUGAGUCCAAGGCCCACGUGCACUGCUCCGUCAAGUCCGAGCACUCAGCUGCAGCCAAGACAGGUGGCUGCUUCCCUGCUGGAGCCCAGGUGCGCCUGGAGAGUGGGGCACGUGUAGCUUUGUCAGCCGUGAGGCCAGGAGACCGGGUGCUGGCCAUGGGGGAGGAUGGGAACCCCACCUUCAGUGAUGUGCUCAUUUUCCUGGAUCGUGAGCCAGAUAAGCUGAGGGCCUUCCAGGUCAUCGAGACCCAGGACCCCCCGAGACGCCUGGCACUCACACCUGCCCAUCUGCUCUUCACUGCCAACAAUCACACAGAACCAGCGGCCCACUUCCGGGCCACAUUUGCAAGUCAAGUGCAGCCUGGCCAGUAUGUGCUGGUGGCUGGGGUGCCAGGCCUGCAGCCUGCCCGAGUGGCAGCUGUCUCCACACAUAUUGCCCUUGGGGCCUAUGCCCCACUAACAAGGCACGGGACGCUGGUGGUAGAGGAUGUGGUGGCCUCCUGCUUCGCGGCCGUGGCUGACCACCGCCUGGCUCACUUGGCCUUCUGGCCCUUUCGACUGUUCCACAGCUUGACGUGGGGCAGCUGGACCCCGGGGGAGGGUGUGCACUGGUACCCCCAGCUGCUCUACCGCCUGGGACAGCUCUUGUUGGAAGAGAGCAGCUUUCACUCACUGGGCAUGGCUGGGCCAGGGAGCUGAAAAGAUUCCUCCACUGUCCUCCCGGAACUGCCCAACUGGAUCCAAAGGCCUCCCUACCUGGAGGGCAUUGGCCCUGGAAGAGACCCGAGCAGGGGGUAAUGGAUCCCACCAUUGCCGCCCCCUACAGAGAUAUACCAUUGAGACUUGACUGGGCAAUGCCAAAGUCCUCCACCACCAUCUUGGUGUAGUGACAGAGCUGCAAGCUGAGCUGGCAAAAGGGUGGUCUAUCUUUCUAACUAUAGACCUCUAGACUGGCACAGUGGGUCCCAACCCAGCCAGCUCUCACUACGAUUUUUCAUACCUGCCUCCCCCAAUGGGGAGAGCCCAUUCUAUCUGUCUUAGGCCCCCCUUUGGUGGGCUUGCACCUCAGUUGAUGCUGCUAGAUUCCCUGGGAGCCAGCAGGGAGCUGGCUGGACUCAAUGCUGCCUGGAACUGAGAAGGCUGCAGGGUGGGGCAGCCAUCCUGGCCAUCCUGAGACACGUCCUUCCUCCCUGGCCACACUCCUUGGGACACAUCCAGAGACUGUUGCUGUCAGUGGGCAGAGUUCUGUGUUCCAGCCAAUGUGACCGUAGAGCCCGGGACGGGGAGUGGGCUGGAUGUCCUUCCCAUCCCUGUCCAGGCUAAGCUCCCUCUUCUGCUGAACCAUGACCCCCGCCCCCUCCUCUGGUCAGUCUUCCCCACCUUAUUUAUUGGCGCCAAGGGGGAAGCCCAUGGGAGAAUUUGAGGGAUAUUUUGGUGUUUUCUUCCUUUUGUAAUAAAAAUUAUUUAAGUUGUUAGAGCCAUAGAGUCCAGAAUGCUGAGUGGAUUCAAUACUUGGAUAGUCCGGAGUCAGGGAUGUGCUACUUUCCUCUGAGGACAAAACCUCCAGUACUCCACCCCCUCUGCAGGCCUGUUCUCAUCAAAGCUCUGCAAAGUCCCAAAAGAAACCUGUGUUCAUGCCAGGGCAGGCCUUAGCAUGCUGAUCCCAAGGUUGGACCAGAGAGAGAGAGGUGAGGUAACUAGUUCAUGGUCACUUCACUCAUCUAGACCACCACCUCUAGUCACGGUGCUUUCCCUGCUGACUCAAGUCUUUCUUGGGGCCUGGGUUUCUGACUCUUCAUUGUGAUCAUGGACCAUGGCAUGAAAUUAUUCUGGAGACAUCACAUCUGCCUUCUGACUUCUUGGAUAAAUCAGGGGUCCCUAACCUGGAAGUUCUAAAACCUCAGACUCACCUAGGCAGCUUGUUAAAAAUUAUUCUUGGCCCUACUUCCAAGAUUUUGCUUCAAUAAAUCCAGAGUGAGGGCCCAGGAACUUAAUUUUACAAACACUCCAAACACGGCAGAUGGCCCAUGGAUCACACUUUGAGAGACAUUACUUAGUCUAUAGAAGGCCCAGUUUAUUGCCAAAACAGAAUGACACUUUUGCCAGCCCCGCCCAAAAGACCAAUCUUGGGGUGAAGGUGGGGCCCUGUGUUCACUACGGGUUAGCUGAUUCCCAGGCUCAGGGGUACAAUUGUUAA